AUGAACAUCUUUCGAUUCUGUGGCGAUAUGCUUCACCUCACCAGCAUCAUGCUGCUGGUCUUCAAACUCCACCGCAGUAAGAGCUGCGUAGGCGUCUCCUGUAGGAUGCAGGAGAUCUAUGCCGUGGUCUUCAUUUGUCGCUACCUGGACCUCUUGUGGAGUUUCAUCUCGGUCUACAACACGGUGAUGAAGAUCACUUACAUCACCACCACAUGCUAUUUGAUCUAUUUGAUGCGCUUGAAGACGCCCAUAUGUCAAACCUAUGAGAGAAGCACAGAUUCCUUUCAGUAUGAACUCUAUCUCCUGGGCCCUGCCCUGGUCCUGGGUCUCAUAUGCACAGAGGAGUAUACUAUCCCAGACAUUUUGUGGUCGUCCUCUAUUUGGCUGGAGAGUGUGGCCAUAAUCCCCCAGCUGGUGCUUCUACAGCAGAUCCGAGAAGUGGAGAAUCUGACCUCCGAUUUUGUCGGCUGCAUGGGGGCCUAUCGUGCUUUCUAUAUCUUGAAUUGGAUCUACCGGUACUUUGCCGAGGACUAUGUGAACGUGGUGGGUUGGAUUGGUGGUUUGGUGCAAACUGGCCUGUAUUGCGAUUUCUUCUACUACUAUGCGAAGAGCAAAUGGUAUGGGAGCAAGUUGGUUCUCCCAGUAGCCUCUUGA